AUGUCAAACAACGUCAAGGAUAUGCACAUCUGCAUCGCCGGCUCAGGCAUGGGCGGCCUAGCAUGUGCCCUCUCCCUCGCCCGUCAAGGCUUCACCAAAAUCUCCAUCUACGAAUACGCCUCCAAUCUUGGUUUCGUGGGUGCAGGCAUCCAACUGGCUCCCAACAUGGCACGCAUUCUCGACCGUUUGAACGUGUGGGAACCCAUCCAAAAAGAAGCUGUGGAUCUCAAGGAUACCAGUAUUAGACAAGGCUCGACUGAUGCCGAGUUAGCGAAUGUCAAGCUUGGAUAUGUGAGGGAGACUUAUGGGUACCCUCAUAUGGUGGGCCAUCGCUCGAGUCUGGCUGGAGAAAUGUACAAGGGCUGUAAAGAGGAGGCUGCAAGCAUAAAGUUCUACUUUUCGCACUCGGUGCAAAAGGUCCACCAGUGGAGCCCCAAGGUCAAAUUCCAGGUUCAGCCUAGAGAGGGCGAAGCCUUCGACGUCGAGUGCGAUGUGCUUCUCGGCGCCGACGGUGUAAAGUCCAACAUCCGCGAUCAAAUGCUCGACCUCCUCAACAUUGACGCCAAAGUCGUGGAUUCAGGCCAAGCAGCCUACCGCAUCAUGCUCAAGCGCGAGGAAAUGGAACACGACCCUGAACUCCUCGAACUCAUCGAUGCAGAAAGAGCAACAAGGUGGAUCGGAGAAAGACGCCAUAUCAUCGCAUACCCAGUCUCGAACAACACCAUCUACAACCUCAGUACCGCACAGCCAGACGUCAACUUUGCAGCUGCGCCUUCAGCUACCUACACUACCAAAGGCAGUAAGAAGGAGAUGUUGGAUGUGUAUUCCGAUUUCUGUCCUAAGAUUCAGAAGAUGCUGAACAUGGUCCCUGAAGGCGAGGUCUGCGAGUGGAAGUUGAGAGUACAUGCGCCACUUCCUACUUGGGUGCAUGGAAACAUGGCGCUGGUUGGUGAUGCCUGUCAUCCCACACUGCCUCACUUGGCUCAGGGAGCCGCGCAAGCCAUAGAAGAUGGAGCUGUGCUGGGAGUUGUGUUGAGUAAGCUGCCAGACACGAGUUCAGAAAGCAUCAACAAGGCACUCAAGGUGUACCAAGAGUUGAGAAAGACGAGAGCAGAGGCUCUCGUCGCGUUGGCUGCGGCGAAUGGUAGAGAGAUGCAUCUUGGUGAUGGAGCGGCCAAGGAGGCUAGAGAUGCAGCUUUCAAGGCUAUCAGAGAGGGCAAGCAGGGCGCUAAGGUGCCGGACAGAUGGGCGGAUGCUGAUGUGCAAAAGAUGAUUUACGGACAUGACUGUUGGAAGGAUGCUGAGGAGCAGUUUGACACUUUGUUUGCUGCUGCUUGA